AUGAGGACUUUUGAGAUGGACCGGAGAAUCGAUUUUCCUGAAACUUUUGCUGGAUUCAAGUGUGAGAGUGUGAGAACCUUUGAGGAUACAAUGAGUGACAUGAAUCGUUUCCUAAUGGAACCUAAGUAUGAGAAUUUCGCCGUGGACAGUUUCUUAGGACUUGGUAUGGAGAAUAUGGGGAUAAGCUCCAAGAUUGAGGAGUUUUCUCAUGGUUUUGACUUUAGCUUUCUCCCUGAUUAUGGUGGUCUGGACUCUUGUAGCACUCAAGAUGGGGAAACAGGUUUAAAGCUCGAAAUUCUUGAUGGGUUUCUGGAUGAAGUUGAUGAAGUGGAAGAUAUCUACGCAUCACAUGAUCUUUCUUCUACUAAUAACCAUUUCCGUCCAGAUACAGAAGUCAAGAAGAAAGGAUCUGAAUCAGAUGGUGAACCUGAACCAUGUGGUCUUAUGAACUUCAGUGCAGAAUCUUACUCUCCUGGAAUAAGUGGAAGCAUCGGACUCUCUGAGUGGUCAAAUGAAACUCUUCCACAUGCUGAAUCCAAGAAUGUAUCAAGUGGAAAAGUUGAAGAUAGUUUGGCUACGAGUUCAAAGGAUAAGCACUGUUUCUAUGAGUCAGAAGAUGACAAGAAGCCACUCUCCACUUUUAUAGGCUCUUGGGUUGGACGAGGCAAGAGACGGAAAACGAAUUUACGUAAUUGUAGUAGAUUAGAUUCUUUUGGUGGAACGUCGUCUUGUGCGUCCUAUGACUUCAGGCCUCGGAAAGGACCUCUGAAGAAAUGCAUUCAAACUACAACGGAGAUCAAUGCAUCUGAUUAUGAUCAGCUAGAUGCAUCUGAAAGCGAAGAUGACUUUUGUGUAACGAACACAUCAAAAAGCAGAAGUGACAGGAGAAAGCAUCAGAGGAUGUGGACUGUUGAGGAAGUGGUGAAUUUGGUUGAUGGUGUUUCUCACUUUGGUGUUGGCAAAUGGACCGAUAUAAAGAAGCUCUUCUUCCGUUCCGCGUCGCACCGCACACCCAUUGAUAUCAGAGACAAAUGGCGUAAUCUACUGAAAGCAAGCAAGCAUAAUGAUGAAAAGGCUGGAGGAAAACGAAGGCCAGCGUCUCGCCUUAUCCCUAAGGACAUACUACAUCGUGUAGGAGAACUUGCUUCGCUCCACUCCAAAUCAUUGGGUUUCGUUUAUGAUUACUCAAGAAGCCGAUGCUCUUCAAAGAAUUAG